UGUGUGUGACGGACGUCUAUUUAAUUAUUUUUUUUAAAUUUAAAUAAGUGAUAAUGCUGUUGCCUAUAUUCCACUUUUCCGCUAUGGCGGUUGAUGCGUAUGCGUUUUGGUACGAUCAGACUUACGUGGACCUUCCAUUUGAUAAUCCGUUGGUGAAAAAACUACCAUUAAAGUCACGGAGUAUGUUCUUAACAAUGUGGUGUCUUAUACUUCAAAUAACUUACCAUAUGAUCGCAUUCCUAAACGAUGUCUUCGGUACUAAUGCUGCAUCACCAAAGAAGAAGUCUACAAUACGACUAAUUAAAGAUGUCCUAUUUAGCGUUGCUUUCCCAGUGGCUAUGUACGUUUCUGGUACAUUUUGGGGAAUUUACGCUAUUGAUAAAGAUUUGAUAUACCCAGAUUAUAUAGCUAAACUAUAUCCUGAAUGGGUUAACCAUAUUUUACAUACGACUAUAGCAAUUUUCAUGUUUAUUGAACUGCUGAUGACUAACAGAAAUUAUCCGUCUAAAAAAGUAGGGUUAUCAGUAAUGUCCAUUUUUAUUAUUUCAUAUAUUUCAUUUUACUUGACUGUGUAUUUUAAGACUGGUAUAUGGGCUUAUCCUCUUUUCGAUGAGUUAAACUGGCCAUUAAGAAUAGUGUUCCUUUUAUUCAGUUAUUUGUUAGUAAUCGCCAUAUAUAUUUUUGCUGAAAAACUUAACUAUAUUGUAACCGGUUCUAAAAUUGAGAAGAAACAUAAAAAACAUUGA